CCAUAAAUAAAGGGGAACAAAAUAAGAUGAAUUGGUAAAACUGGAUUAGUUUAAAUAAAGCUUCAAGACAAACUUCAGAUAUAGCCAAAAUCAAACACAAUUUGUUUCUCUCAAUUUUCCAAUUCUUUUGUCGUACCAAAACAGGAGGCACAUACACAUUUCAAAACAAAAAUGAGAAACUUAGUACUUGUACCACUGAUCUUGCUUGUUCUUGCUGGUUUUCCAUCCAAGGCAAAAGGGUUUAUGCAACCAUUUACAGAACGUCCUGAUGCACUCUGGGCUGACAUGUUGUCUGAUCGUUUCCUUGAUCCAUUUCGUGCGUUAGAGCAAAUCCCAUUUGGGCUUGGCAAAGAUCAGGCAUCCAUGGCUGUGUCACCUGCACGAGUAGAUUGGAAGGAGACACCAGAGGGACAUGUUAUAAUGAUAGAUGUGCCAGGGUUGAAGAAAAAUGAGAUAAAGAUAGAAGUGGAGGGGAAUACAGUGCUGAGAGUGAGUGGAGAAAGGAAGAAGGAGGAGGAGAAGGAAGGGGAUCACUGGCAUAGAGUGGAGAGAUCUUAUGGCAAAUUCUGGAGGCAGUUCAAGUUACCAGACAAUGUAGAUUUUGAUUCUCUCAAGGCUAGGUUAGAGAAUGGAGUGCUUACUCUCACCAUGGCCAAGUUGUCACCUGAAAAGACCAAAGCUUCAAGGGUGGUUAACAUUGCAGGGGAUGAUGAGCUCAAGCAAGAUCUUUGAAUUAUUAAUAAAUGAUAAUAACUAUACUCCCGUGGACUUUUUGUGUGCUAAUAAAUGAUCGAUAAAAAAAAAGGGUAUGUACUCUGGGCAAGGAUUUUGUGGAUAAAAGAGUUCUACAAAAGAUCUUUGCUUGUUAUCAUGUAACACUGGUCUUGUCUGAUUAGCUUGUUGAUUUUAUUGUGGUCUAACUCAAAUUUUAGCCUUUGAUUAUUAAAUAAAGUAGUAAGGGAAUGACAAGAAAAUACAUAACAAAGUACGAGGUCCAUUAGUGGAGAAUGUGUUAUCCAUUUGUUAAAGCUUUCAAAAUCUUCGCUUCCAUCAAGACAAUGUGAGACAUACUUAAAACAGAUAUGACAGAUUAUGUCACCACAUGAUGUACAAAAUAUAUAUUCUAGCAUUCAAUAUCAUUUACACGGGUUAAACUGCAAACCUUUG